AUAAAAUCAUUCCCUCCAUCCAUUCGGAAGGGCUAUGUUGCAUCAUCAUCGCCGUUUGCGUCCAACAACCACCAUUUCUCACAUUCGUUCAAUCGCAAAUCUGCUUAGAUUUUGAGAAUUCCAGGCCCAAGUCACUCUUUUAACCUCACGCCAUCUACUCCCAUCCAUCGUCAUCAUGCGCUUCUCUACAAUCAUUCUUGGCCUCACAGCUACCAUGGCUGCUGCUACACCAGUAACAAUGGAGCCUUACAAAGCCGGGGCCAAUGUUGAUCCCGCCUUUGCCAAGUUUGUCGAGGAGUGGUACCGCAUCUCGGAGGACAAGGCCGCCACCACUACAUUCAGCGACUUUUUCGCACCGGGUGGCCAGCUGAUUCUUGCCGGCCAAGCAUUCAACACGCCCGAGAGCAUCGUCGCCGUCAAGCAGAACCUCCUCCCGCCCAACGGCAACAAGGCGUGGUGGCAUCUUAUCCAGGGAUCGACACUUGUGGCCGACGACACCAAGACGCAGACUGUCAGCGCCAAGAUCAUCAUCCAGACAACCUACACCCCGGGUAACUGUUCACAAGCACAUGGAAACGCGGCAUUUACCGUCGCCAAGGAUGCUUCCGGCAAGCCAAACUGGGUACCGCACACGGCAGGACUGCAGGUCUAUAAUCUGACUGUUAACACCGUCAACACGCCCACGGAUGAGCCUCGCCAAAAGGCAUGAGAUUUUGGGUUGUUCAAAUGUUUUGUUUCAAUCUAGUUAUACAAUAUUCCAGAAGUAAUUCCAUCCAAGAAAUGGCAUCUUUAUGACCAGCAGCA